CUCCUUCCAUCUUCUCCAGUCGCCGGAAUCUUUCACCAUUCCCACAGCCUAUUUGUUCGCUAGCUCUGCUUGGAUCCUCAGGUACUUAAUUUCUUGCCACAUUUUAAAAUGCUAUCCAGAGAUAAUGGGUUGGAAAGCUGCUCAGAAACUCAUACAUCACUGGAAGGUUCUCAGAGGUGAUAAUGUUAUGAUAAUUAGAGGCAAAGAUAAAGGUGAGACGGGAAUCAUUAAGCAUGUCGUUCGUUCACAGAAUCGUGUUAUUGUUGAGGGCAAAAACCUGGUAAAGAAGCAUAUUAAACAAGGGCAAGGUCAUGAAGGUGGGAUAUUUACAGUUGAAGCCCCAUUGCACGUCUCUAAUGUGCAGGUUGUAGAUCCAGUAACGGGGCAACCAUGCAAAGUUGGAAUCAGAUACUUGGAAGAUGGCACCAAAGUAAGAGUUUCUAGAGGAAUUGGAGCAUCUGCCUCUAUUAUUCCUCGUCCUGAGAUCUUGAAGAUAAGGACUACACCAAGACCAUCAGUUGCGGGUCCCAAGGACACUCCAUUGGAAGAUGUCAUGGAAAGGACAUAUGAUCCAAAAACUGGAAAAGGCAUGCCAGAUCUUUAAAACAAUAUAAUGCUACUACAUUUGUUUUCAUGAAUGCAAAUUCAUCUCUCUCAUCUGCCUUUACACACUCUACAUUUUUCUUUGGCUAAUUCAGCUCUCUUGCCAAAUUCAGAGCUUCCCCCUUCCUAUCAAAUACUCUUUAGCUUAGCUCAUACUGCUGUAUCAUUUAUGAUCCAAACAGACCUCUAUGUAUGUUAUUAAGGCCAGGUUUUUUUUUUU